CAAGUCAAAGUUGGAGUUUUUAGUUUCAAGGUUUUCAAUUUUUCAUUCCGACCCAGUUGAAAAUUCUUUAGUAGUUGGGGAUUAUUAAGGAAAGUUUGAUGAAUUGAUUGAGGGGACUUUCUCUUUCCAGAAAGUAUAUUGUCAAAAAGCUCUAGACCUAACUCCCUCUAUCUCUCCAUAAAAGGGUCUCUGUUGGGUUGGGGAAGCUAGGGUUUUUUACGCCUCUGGAGGUGAUCUGGUGAUGAUGCUGUGGUGAGAGGGAUUUUAUGAGAUUUGGGGUUUUUUCAAUUUUGGGUUUUGAUUUUAGAGGCUUGUUUGGGAAGCCAAUGCCAUUGGUUUGGAGGGUUGGAAUCGAAGCAUCCCCAACGAGUGGUUUCCAUGUCGUGGGCUGGCCCUGAUGAUAUCUUCCUCUCCACCUCGCUUGCUACUUAUCUUGAUAAAAAACUUCUUGUCUUGCUGAGAGAUGGCCGAAAGCUUUUGGGGUUACUACGUUCUUUUGAUCAAUUCGCUAAUGUUGUUCUAGAAGGAGCAUGCGAGAGAGUUAUUGUUGGAGAUCUUUAUUGUGAUAUCCCCUUAGGUCUAUAUGUAAUUCGUGGGGAAAAUGUUGUCUUAAUUGGGGAGCUGGUAAUGCUAUUUACCUUGACUUUACUAUAGUUUUGACUUGUGCACUUGCACAGGAGGUUAUCAUUCUUGAUAUCUCCUAUUGAUGUUACAGGAUUUAGAUAAGGAGGAGCUUCCCCCUCAUAUGACUCGUGUAUCAGUAACAGAGAUAAAGAGGGCUCAGAAAGUAGAAAGGGAGGCAACAGAUUUGAAGGGCACCAUGAGAAAAAGAAUGGAGUUCCUAGAUUUCGACUAAGAGAUGCCUUCAUUCUUUUAAUGGGUUCAUGCCAUGUUUGCCAACCUUAAUGUAGUGGUGACCAAAAAUUGAAAAUGAGCUGGAUGGGAUUGAAAGAUUCUUGUGUCGUAUCAGUUGCCUUAGGAGGGAGUUAGAGCUAAAAAGUAGUAACUGUUCUGGAGAUCUGAUCUGCUAAACAGCUAGUAAGGGGAAGUUGUUUCUUUGGGUCUCUUUAGAGGCAAUGGUGACGACCUUCUUGUUCCUCUGUUGCACGUGCAGAAUGUGCAUGUCAUAGAAUUUGGUUCUUCAGUUUAGGUUAGGUUUUUGGGUUUUUACCAAAAAUAUUUUCUCUUAUUUUCUCCCUACUAAUUUCUCUGGGCUUUUACCUCUCAUUUGUUGCUUUGGUGCCGAAUUUUGUAAUGGCACAUUUGAUUAUCCAUUAUCUAGUUCUUUAUGUUACAUAAUCUUUAGAUGUUUGUGCCCUGUGUUUUAUUGU